AAUCAUGCGCGUAUUGGUGUUUUUAAUUGUGGUGGCGACUGUAGUCGCGGUAUCCCGAUCCUCAAAUCGAAUUGUCGGUGGUAAUAUCACCACCAUUGAAUCAUAUCCAUUCAUGAGUAACAUGCAAACAUUGAGUUGGGGCGGUUGGUGGUAUCAGGCCUGCGGAGGGUCACUUAUCACAUCCAAAGUUGUGCUAUCGGCUGCACAUUGCUAUUACGGUGCCUUGCCAUCGGCUUGGAGGGUUGUGCUUGGUUCAACAAUGUCUUCAAGCGGAGGAUACACAUUCAAAGUGUCUCAGUUAAUAUUGCAUGAAAAUUAUAUUGAGGCAUUACAACUCAAUGACAUAGCUAUUGUGAAACUGCAAGUCAACGCUAUAAUGUCCACUCGAGUAGGGAAAGCACGUAUCGCAGGUUGCAAUUAUAAUCUUCCUGCUGGAACAACGGUCAAUGCGGUUGGUUGGGGUACAAUCUCGUCUGGUGGUAUGCCAUCGGAGAAGCUGCGGGAUGUUGAUCUAAAAGUUAUCAAUCAAAGUAUUUGCGCUGAAAGGUAUGCCGCUCUCAAGAAGCAGCCUGGUUUCAAAGACUGGCCUGAUAUCACAGCAACGAUGUUAUGUGCCGGUGUCCUUGAUGAAGGUGGCAAAGAUACAUGCCAGGGUGACUCAGGAGGACCGUUAUUACACAAAAAGGAUAUACUUGUCGGGAUUACGUCUUGGGGAUACGCGUGUGCUCACCCACGCUUUCCAGGCGUCAACACUCGAGUAUCUAGUUAUGCGAACUGGAUACUCGCCAACGUUUAAUACUGCAAAGUUACGUACUUUGAUGGUGGAAGAGUUCAAAGAAGUCAGCAGCAAGAUUUUACUUCUGCGCUUCUUACAGUUCUUGCCAACUUAGUGCAACGUUCGAACUUUUAUGUUAUACCAAAUAAAUUAUAGCAAAGUUUUUGGAAUAUGUUAAAAAAAGGACGUAUUUUUUUUAAAUAAAAUUACAUAAAUUCUA